UGUUUAAACUUCAAUAUCGAAAAUGUAUUCACUUAGAAGGGCUUAUGAACCUAUUGGCACUAUACUAGACCCCGUUAGUCCUCAUGUCGUUGCGCGCGAUACACUCCAAAACCUCACGUUCAUUUUCCUUGCAAUCAACGCCAGCGUGAGCUUCACUCUAAUCAUGGCCACUUUAUGCACAGUGGCACGAAACUCCAAGCCGAUCCGGGCCUGCAGCAUAACUUAUGUUGUUCUUUUCUUACUUACCAUAGCAGCUGGUUCUUUCCUAUACCUCCGUGUAAAAUAUUUCAAAAGCCACCCGCUCCCACCGACGCCAAUGGGCCCUAACAAGCAAAACAUGGAAGGCAGCGAUUAUUUAAAUAGCCAAAACCAGCCAGGAGCCCAGCAAUAUACCCAAGCUGAUGAUUUCCAAGAUGUUGAGCUCGGUGAUAUUGGGACACAUCAACAGCAGGUCCCUGAUCCAUACGACCAAAAUCAAUAUUACUCGCCAUAUCCUCAAGACUCGCACAACCAUGUAGGCGAGGGAAAUAUGACAGAAGAAUCAAUCUCUCCGGCACCUGAACGGCAUCGGGCAAGCCAUUAUCGCGGAGAUAGCGAUACUUCCGUGGCUGAUUUGACUAGCAACUACGCAAGCUCCUCGUUGGAACGUAACUCAAGAGAGAGCUUCACUGGAUACGGCAAUGGGCAAGAUGCACCAGUACCAAGUCCAAUUUCUCAACACAGUUGUCAGGAAGCACGCUACGCCCCCAAAUAUUCAAAGCAGGGUGUCAAUCACCUGAGAAACGCCAAUAGCGUCGUUGAUAUGGAACAUAAAGGCCGUAAAAUGCCGUUCAGCCCGAGUCUAGCACAGCUUAGUAGUUGGGAGCUGGGAGAACGACGGAAUUACGAGACGCUGGAGGAGGCUAGGGCGGAUUUGAGAAGUAACUGGAGAAAUGCAAACAGAGAUAAAGUACGCCAUUAGCCUCCUUCAAUAUCUACUAGGUAGGUAGGUA